UAAGCUUCGAAUCCUUCUCUAUAUCGGUCACAUUCUCAGAGGUAUCUAGGAGUUCUCGUUGAAGCCUUGCAUUCUCCUAAAAUCAAACUUGCCGAGAAAACAUGAAGCACCAUCGCCGUCAGACCAAAAAGCACUCCAUAAACAUUACACAUAAACAAGAGUCUCGAUUUCCGAAGCAUAAUAGUCUACAAAACUGUACUUGCUGUCGGAGAAACGGCUUCCAAAAGAGAAGAGUCCAUGACUUGGCACCCCUGAAAACGCAAGCCACAUUCGCAAAAACUUUGGAACCCCAACUAGACUUCCAGCAAGCUAUGAGCGGAGACCUCCCGGUGUACCGUGUGUUGUUCAGCUGGUUAGAAGCUAAUCUCCACAGCAUGAGCAAGCUGAGGACUUUCGAGUCGAAAUGUUCAGGGGUGUAUAUCUGGCGGGGCACGCGACUCGGUCACGAUAAUGCGCCCUCGGGAUCAAUGUCGCCGUGUCACCACAGCGCAAGCUCCGCAGUGGUUGGUAUGCAAGACCGGGAAAAUGUGUUCAGCACAUGUCGCGGGGUAAUGUAGAAACGAAAACAAAGCUCAAUUGGAUAUCUUGUGUACUCCCC